AUGUCGGCCGCUCCCUCGAGGGCACACUCCGAGGUGUUCUCGGCGUCUCAAUAUGGUGGCCCUCAACCCCUUCGGCCGAUCCUCAAUUUCUUCAUCGUCCCCUCAUUUAUUGCCCAUAUCGUCGGACUGGCGUGUUUAUGGGCACUCUGGUAUUAUCUACGCCUAACGACCGUAUUCCCGUACCAUCAUCGUGUCUUCUACUGUCGAGACAUCAACCUCUACAAACCCAAUUUUAGACCUGAGGAUUUUGAGGUGUAUGUCUCGUACGAUCUGCUCUACGUACUUGGAUUUACACUACCACCACUUGUCCUUCUGCUCGGUGAAAUCGCGUUCUGGAUGUUCUCGACAAAACCGAGGAAGACUGUUUAUGCGACGUGUGGAGAAUGCAAGAUACAUCUAUUCACGAGGAGACUUUUCCGAUUUGUCGCGGUGUUCAUGUUCGGUGCCCUAAUCGUCCAGAUCUUCGUCGACACGAUCAAAUUGAUGACGGGCUACCAGCGGCCGUAUUUUCUGUCGCUCUGUAAUGUCUCUGUCACCGCUUGCACAGCCCCCCUGGAGCAUUCCCCAUCGCCAUCCCCUCAAUUGGCAUGCAACUAUCGACAUGCUGAUGAUUUGAGAUACGCCUGGCUGUCGUUCCCCUCCCUGCACGCCGCUUUUUCAAGCUAUUCCGCCUGUUUCGCCUCGUGCUACAUCUACUACAUGAUCAACCUCCGCGGAGCCCCACUUCUCCGCCCAUUCCUCAUAUUUGGAUUCCUGGGCCUGUGCUUGGUCGAUUCAUUCUCACGCAUUAAUGGCUACAAGAAUCAUUGGAGAGAUAUUUGGGUCGGAUGGUUGAUUGGAUUCUGUGCCGCUUAUUUCUUGUGCCACUGCGUGUUGUGCUUCCAAGAGGUCUACCAUAUUGCCGUUGAAAAGGCGCCACUGAUUCAGGAAGUAGAAGAGCGUGCCCCUCCCUUCUUCCAAUGGUUCCGCCUGCCACGUGUCCAAGCCCCUUCAGUCAAAGAGGAUUAUGUGGUGUAUGAAGAGGACGUUCCCCAACCUGGCACGCAGCCAAGACACCGAAGGAACGCUGAUCGAACCUAUGAGGUAACGACGACGACCGAAUCUUUCCACCGAACGAUCAGCCCCCCGCAACAGCCAAAGCAAUAUCAAUAU